UGCACACUAGAGAAAUUUAUGUCCAUAUUGAAGCAAAUUCCCUACGCUUGUGUAGGAAAAACUCUUCAAUAUGGACAUAAAUUUCUGUAGUAUGUAGAGGCCAUAAGGGUCGUCCAUAGAUGUUCGUAUCACAUAAGCCACGAUCUUUCUGAUUUCGAUUAACAAACUUAGCUUUGAGCAUCGAAUGCUAACCGAUUUCAAUUCAGCUGAAAGCACAUGUAUUUUCCUUGAAUUCUUGCCUUCUUCCUUUCCAUAUCCUUAUAUUUGGUUAGCACUUUUUGUUCUAGAACUACUAACCGGUCAGCUUAUUUUUGCUGAUCAAUUCAACACCGCUGCUUUUAUUAAGUUAAUUGUACUCACUGGGGCGAUUCAAUCAAUGAUUGCACUGAAAGCCUCUGUACCAUAAAUCCAGCGCUCUACUCAUUAAGUACCGUUAUCCCUACUCAACUAAACUUAAUCAUAACUUUAUGAAACAGAGUAUAUUGUUUAUAAAUAUAGAAAAAAACACACUUCCCAAAAUUGAUUUGUCCUUUAACAAAAUAACAAAACGGUAUGGUUUGACGGUAUCAGAGCAAAAACGAUGCAAAAAAAUUUACUAUAACAUAAACUGCAGGUAUUACAAGGUUAAUUACCUUUAUUUUUUUAAAUCUUCCACAUCAUAAAAUGACAUUAAAUAAAAACUAGCUAUUCAUUUAUAUAAUGGCACAUGAAAUUCUAUUUUUAGAUAGGGUUUUUCACUUUUCUGUUUAUAAAUUACAAGUCGAUUUUAAUAAAUUACAUGGUUUGCCUGUUAUCUAUUAUACUGAGGAGAUUAAGUCUAGUGGACUUUUGAGAUAAACAAUACUACAGUUCUCCCAAAAAAAAAAAUAACAGGCCUAUCUCUAAAGUCCGGGAUCAUUUAAACAUUUGAACGUAUGACCCGUUUUUCUGUCUUUCUAUUAUACUCGAGUUAUUUCAAAUACUUUGCAUCAUUAUUCUAAGUGAAUUCAUAUGAUUUCAAGUGGUCCUAUAUAUUGCUUAUUGGCACUUAAAUUUUAAGUAUUAAUAUAUUGGAUGAUUGAGAUGAUUUGCGCGCGCAUUGGUUAGUCGUAUGGACCACGUCACCAAAAUGGCAAUAAAUUACUACGUCAGGGAAUGACGAAUCAGCAACAGAUAAAUCUCAUUGGACUAAGACACGUAAUUGACCUCCAAAGCGAUCGUACGAUGCCGAAACACAACCAGUUUGAUGUGGAUGUUUUUUUUUUGCUCGCUAAUUCCCCGCAAGUUCCCUGUUGGCAUAAAAUUUCUCUGUUUUUAUAGACGAUUGCGUCAAUUUUUUUUCAGUAAUAAUUGUAUGUGUCUGUUCUUAGAGAAAUUUAAAAAGAAUAUAUAAUCAAUCACAGUCACAUGUAAAUUUUGUAAAAGCCUGUUGAUAUUGGAGAGUGAGCAGAGUGAGAGACAAAAAAAAGAGGGAAAUUUGCCGGCAAACGAUAAAUUAUAAAUCACAACUAUCUACGAUAUGUAUAGUAUUACAAGCAAAUCCUCUUGCCAAGAUUCCAAGAGGUACUCUUGAAGUAGGGGGUAAUUCGUCAAUUAUCUCCACAUUUUCACUGUGAGUUGUAAAUUUUACUAAUUUCUCAGUGAGAGAGGAGAAAGACGAUGAAAUUGCGAAGUAAGAAGGAAGGCGGAGCCUUUAGUGUGAACCGUGUGAACUUUAUGAAGCAAUCUGCUGUAAAAUUAGAAAGUUUCUGGAUCUUCUAAAGUCAAUCUCAAGAACAUUAUAUUUUUCAAUGCUUAUCAAAUGCAAUACAUGUAGAGAACCUUUAAGACAGGGCUUUAUGUGUGCAUCAAAUUAGAAUUUUUAAAGGCAUGAUGUCAGUGGAAAACCCAAUCAGCGAUCGCGAAUGGUCAGCAGUUUUUGAUCGAAAGAAAUUCCAAUUGUGCAAAAAAUGUGGUGAGACUUAUUGUACAUGGAGGAGCGAAAUAGCAUGUAAUGAAGUUUCACGUGAGUCGCAGAAAAAAAAAUCUAAAUUGAAAAUAGUGAAGAAGAAAAAAAAGGUCGUUCGAGAACUGUAAAGUUGGUUCGUUGGCCACUUUUAGAAACGAUCCGUGAAUUUAGUUGCGUUCUCAACGCCGAACAGUGCUCAAGUAUCUCUGCCGCUCUGUCGCGUCAAUUGAAUUUAUCAAAAAUAUAAAACAUAUUUAACAUUUUUUUUUGUCACUCCUCUUGGGCCACACAUUAUCAUUUUGGAAAUUUCAAUAAACAACACGAGUGUCUCUUGUGGACUUGCGAGAGUGGUGAAUGUGGUGCAAAGUGAAGCGCAACGUUCGCGGAAAAUUUCAUUAUAUACAAAUUCUACCGCUGAGACUAAGAACGCUUCCACAUAGACUUUUGCUUUUGUCAGAGCGGAGUGAAGAAAAAGGAAACAAUUUCCUCCACUAUCUAUUACAUCAUCGUGAUUGUAAUUUUGAGAUUGUGUACUUAAUCAAUUAGCACCUUACAAAAUGGCACCAAUACCUCAAAGUGAAAUUACUGGCUUUUUAAAAACAUCUCCUGACGAAAUAACAAUUUGCAAGCCGGCUCCCUUCUCGACGGAUCCCGAAGCUUGUCAGGAGCGUGAAAUGUGCGAUUACAAUGUCAAGAUAACGUACUCGAUGGCACGCAGUGGCAAGUCGCCGCGACGCGUUAGAGUGUACGCCGAUGGCAUUUAUGAUCUCUUCCACCAGGGACAUGCUAGGCAGCUGAUGCAGGCCAAGAAUGUCUUUCCCAAUGUUUACCUUAUUGUUGGUGUCUGCAGCGAUGAAUUGACUCACAAUCGCAAAGGACGAACAGUCAUGAAUGACCGAGAACGUUAUGAGGGAGUUCGACAUUGUCGCUAUGUGGAUGAGAUAAUCACAAAUGCACCGUGGGAGAUAUCUGAUGAGUAUUUGGAGAAGCACAAAAUUGACUUUGUGGCUCAUGAUGAGAUUCCCUAUGGGGCUGAGGAUACCAAUGAUAUCUAUGGCCCAUUGAAGCAACGUGGUAUGUUUGUCGCUACAGAGAGGACUGAGGGUGUGUCAACGUCGGAUAUUGUGGCGAGAAUUGUUAAGGACUAUGACAUCUAUGUGCGUAGGAAUUUGGCACGUGGCUAUUCGGCCAAGGACCUCAAUGUGUCAUUUCUCAAUGAGAAAAAAUUCCGACUGCAAAAUAAGAUGGAUGAACUGAAGGGGAAGGCUAAGGAGGUGAAAGUGGACCUUUUGAGAUCGUGGGAAGAAAAAUCUCGGGAUUUCAUUGAGACAUUCUUAUUGUUGUUUGGACGGGAACGUCUGUCGAAUAUUUGGAAUGAGUCAAAGGGACGAAUAAUGCAGGCAUUUAGUCCACCUGGGAGUCCAUCGGGAUCUGUCAAUGGGGACGAUGAUGAUCCUGAACAGGGUAGUGAUUCCCUGCCAAAUUCACCACCGACCAAGAAGCGUGCACAACAUUUUUACCAUCCCAAUGAUUAUUCAGAUUCAGAGGAUGGUGAUAUGGAAGAGCAUUAGUUUUAAUCAUCUUUUCUCACUCUCCUCCCUCAUGUAUUUUGACACUCUUAAAUGUCUCGGUCAUUUUCUCAUUUUUUAUCCACCCUCCGGGACUUUUUUUUUGUCUUUCCUCAAUAUCGUUUCCAUUUAGAUGCAUUGUAACUUUGUUUUUUACGCAGUGUCCAAAACAUUGUGCACAAAUCGCUGCGUGUCAACCAAAAUUUAAUAAUGUUUUUUUUUUGUAAUGCAAAUUCUGUGUUAGAAAUUAACUGCUUAAAAAGAAAUUAUUCACUUAUUUGGUAAUCUAUAGUGGAAAUUAUUAAAUGAAGUAAAAGAAGAGAAAAAAAACAUAAAUAAAUUUAGAAAUAUUUGACUAAUUAGGCUUAAUUGAUAAAUGAAUUUGAGAGCAUAGAAACUGCAGACUAUUAUAAAAGCUGAAAACCAUUGAGAAAUUUUUUUAGCUGAGAUAAAAAGAAAGAAAAAAGACAUUCUAAAAUAUUAGAGCGAGUGUUGCAGAGAUGAAAGAACACAGAAUCUUUCUUGGAGGAGGCGCUUAUUGAUUAAAACCUUUAAAUUAUGUUUAUAUUUAGUGCGAUGAGAGUAAUGUGAGACGGAUAAUUUAAAAAAAUAUUGUCUUUUUUUUAGAUGCAACAAAAUAUGAUUCCUCUUUUUUUGUAGGUAAUGUAAUAUUAGUAAAAAAAAAUAAUUUAUUGUUUCCCAAGAAAAAAAAAGAAAUAAAAAUAUAAAGUGAAAUUCCUUUUUGCUAAGUUAACAUUGUCUGCCUCAAUCUACCUUUCCCAAAGUUCAUGAAAAAUCUUACAUAAGAAAAAAAAAAACAGAACGUGAAAAAACGCACCAGAUUAAAAAAAAAAAACAAAAAUUGUGCCUUGCGAAAAAUAAAGAAGAUUUUGCAUUCUUGGCACAAUUGAUGGAUUCUUGAAGGAGAAAGUGAGGCCUUCAUAAAAGCAAGAAAAAAAACAACAGCAGUUCAUGUGAAACCAUUGAAAUUACUUUAAUUGUAAAUGCAUUAAUGUUAUUGGUAAUCUCUUAAAUUUUGCAGUCAUUGCAAAAUUUGGCUAAAUUUGAACAAAAUAUUUGCAAAAAUUAUGAGAAAAAUAUCACAAUGUGCGACAUAGAAAUGACCCCCUUAUUUAAAUGAACUGUGUUUUUAAAAUAUGAAAAUAGAAAAAAAAACAAAAUCAGUGAAAAAAUAAACUAUUUUUUUCAAAAUUCCAA